AUGGAUAUUGAGGAAGAGGAAGAUAAUGCUCCUGACAAAGAUAAAGAACAAAGUGUUAGAGUCUCCGGCGCCACCGUGAAAUUGGUUGGCUCGCCGGAGAAGAAGGUGCUGCGCGUGACCGAUGCACGAAAUUUUCUCAACUUACAAAUGGAUAGGAUCAGUGAUUUACCUGAUGAUCUCAUAUGCCACAUCCUCACUUUUCUCUUUACCAAGGAUGUCUUUCGUACUAGUGUCCUUUCGAAGAGGUGGAUUGAUGUAUGGCGGUCGGUUCCUGCCCUCAGAGUCGUGGAAGGAGAAAUAGGAGAUAGAGAAACCGAUUUCCGUAUAACCGAGCUUGUCUCCUCGGUUUUGCUCUCUCUUCAUCCUAUUAAGUGUUGCAAACUUUACCUCUGGUAUAGUGAUCUUCAAGUCGGCCGUCUUGCUUUUCCUAGGUUCGUAAAAUGGAUCAACUUUGUAUUACAACGCAAAGUCGAGUUCAUUGAUUUAGCAUUUGCCAUAGCAGAUGCUACUCGUGCCAAAUUGCCCAGAAGCAUUCUAAGCUGCAAGACCCUUGUUGAUCUCGAGUUGCAUUUCUUUAUUAUCAAGGAUAUUUUUUCCAUUAGUCUCCCCUCCCUCAAAACCCUUUGUUUGGACUAUAUGUCGUUUUGGAAUGUUCAAGGUUUCUUAUUGCUUCUGGCGGGAUGUCCCAAUCUUGAGAAUAUACAGGUAAAUGAGGUAACGUUUCUCUCACAAGAGGUUCUUACCUAUGAAGAGAACCUUGCCUAUCAAGAGAUGUGUAAAAGCUUAACCUUAAGCAAGUUGAGCAAAGCAACUUUGAUGAACACUUUUUGUCACUUUCCCUUGAACGCCUUUCGUAAUGUGAAGAGUUUGAUCAUAGAUUUAAAUAAGGUGUAUCGGGUUAAUGGUGAGAUUCCCACCUUCCAUAAUUUGACCAAAUUGAAACUUUCCUCUAUAAACUAUAAUUGGAAGUUGUUGGUUCAAAUGCUCAAAAAGUGUCGUUACCUUCAACAUUUUCACCUUUCUCAGGGCACCUCCAAUGAGAUAAUAGAAGAUGUCGAGGGGAAUUGGGAGGAUCCUGUAUUUGUUCCGAAAUGUGUUUCUUCGCAUCUUAAAACAUGCGAGUUCAAGUUCUUUUCAGGCAAAGAAGGUUUGAAUUAUGAACCUUGUGGUCCUGAUCUUUUGUCUAGGUGCACGAGUUUAGGCAAAUUCUUCACAUCCAACCGACAACGGCGAUUCCUCCCAAUGAGAUGA